AUUAUAAUUUAAAUAUAUUAUCAUGAGAUAAUACAAUAAAAAAUAAUGGGGAUCUGUUUUAGGAGAAGCUCAUAAUGUAAAAGCUUAUUCAAAUGUUGGAAUUCAUUAUGAUCAUUCUAAAUGGAAUAGUUAUAAAAGUUUUUUGAAAAAAGAGGAAUCAGGAUUGAUGAGAGACGUAUUAUUAGGAGUAAAGUAAAAAUAAAAAUUAAGAGAUAGAUAUUAAUGUGUUGAAUAUGCAAGAAGAUUUAUAGUGACUAAUUUUGCAGCUGCAUUUAAGGAAAUUAAUUGCGCGGAUCAAAUAUAUUAGUUAAAUAAUGUGGAUGAUUUGACAACUCUAAAUGGGACUUUAUAAUUUUCAACAUUUCCAAAUAAAUCAAAUUCGUAUAAAAUAAAAUUAAAUACAUAGGGCUCCUUAAAUAGGAGAUUUAAUAAUUUAUCCAAGGACUCAAAAAUAACCUUAUGGACAUGUUGCUGUAAUUGUUGAAGUAGGCAAUGGAUAUGUUUGUGUUGCUGAAUAAAAUUAUGAAGAUUCUGGAUGGACAAAGAAUAAUUACUCAAGAAAACUAAAAAUGAAUUAAACUAAUGGUUAAUAUGAAAUCACAUAAGUUAGAGUUGGGUAAUAAUUUAAUUUAAUCAUAGUUUGGAACAUUAAUACUAAUAUUGGUGGGAUCGAAAUGAAGUAAUAUUAGGUUGGAAGAGAGUUUGUAGAUGA